AUGUUUAAAGAUAAAUCUUUAAUUUUUAUUAUUCUUUGUACUUUAUUAUUAUUAUUAUUAUUUAAUAAUGUUAAUUGUCAAAUUAAUUUUGCUAGUAUCACCCCUACACAACUACCACUAGAAGGUGGAAUAAUAUCGAUUCAAGGAGGUAUUUUUACUUCGGCAGAAUUAAGCACAUUGUUUUAUUUUCAUGAUGCAAUCGGACUUAUCUCUUUACAAACAACAAACAACGUUGUAAAGAGUACCACGCUGAUGACCACUGUAGUUCCAAAUGUAACUAAAGAAUAUGUUGGUCUUACUGCUAAAAUCAAUUAUACAGAGUAUCCCUCUCUAACUCUAAGUUUACUAAAUUUUACUGUAACAAAUGUUAAACAAAACUAUUUUAAUGUCGAGUUGAUUGGUACCAACUUUAAAUUAUAUGAUUCUGGUUGGACUAUAUCUCUUGGUGGUGUCACUCAAAGUGGAGUGAAUUGUGUCAAUCAAACCUAUUGUAGUUUUUCAAUUGCUCCUGGCAGCGCAAAUAACAAUUUCUAUAUUAAAUCGAGUAGUCAAUUGGCAGUUUAUUCCAAUCCUACUAAAACUUGGACUCCUUUAAUUUAUUCAUUAUCAAAUACAACAGUAACAUCAGAUUCUGUAAUUGUAUUAAAUGGACUAUUUAUCAAUCCAACUACACAAGCUACAGUAUUGUAUGGUGGUACGAUCCAAUUAAAUGUACAGUAUAUCAAUUCAUCUGUGAUUCAAAUAUCAAACUUCCCAAAAGUAGUUGGUUCUGCAACAGUCAGUAUAUUCAACACCUUUUUGUCACCAUCCAAUACAAUAAUUGUAACAUACCCGCCUCCAGAAAUUUAUACAGUAACUUUGGAUAACAGUGGACUAUUGGUGAUUACUGGAAACUAUUUUAGAGAUUUUGAAAACAACCCAAAUUUACCAACCAUAACUGGAUUGUUAUCAACCACUUUACAACUAUCUACAGAUCAAGUCGAAUACUCUAGAAUCAACUUUACACUUCCUUUAGAUUCUAAAAGUGGUAAAAUUACACUUUCGGUAGUUGAACCAAAUGUAACAAAAGUAUCUAGAAUCCCACUUGAAGGAGGACUGGUGUAUAUAAAUGGUUACUUUUUAUCUCCUCAAUCAAAUGAUGGAAAUAAUGUUUUAGACAUAACAAUUGGUUCAGAACCAUGUAUAAAUAUCACAAGGAUUGGAACUUUGUAUAAUCCAUACACAAUCUCAUGUGUAGCACCACCUGGUCAUGGUUUGAAAUCUUUGAAAAUCAAUUCCCUAGGAACAGAGGUACAAUAUGAUGUUUAUUAUAAGAUGGAAAUAUACAGUGUAUCUUCUAGAAUGGUCAACAAUUCUGGCUUAGUUACUAUUUUCGGUGAUGGUUUCGAGCAAGGAACCAAUGUUACCAUUGGAAAUAGAGAAUGUACCAAUCCACAGGUACCAACACCAAAAGAAAUGGUUUGUUAUCUACAGUCCACUGCUGGAGGAAAUGUUGACAAUGCAAUGUCUGUCAAUAUUACAUUGAACGGUGAGAGUGUAACACUCGAUCUGUUUAUGUAUGAAGCCGAAGUUAAAUGUCCAGAUUGUGGUGUCAAUGGCCAUUGUCAAAAUUCAACUGGAGAAUGUAACUGUUUAGAAGGAUGGGCAGGAAUGAACUGUGAUAUGAAAGUAGAUAAAGACUCAAAGUUUAUCAAACCUUCCAUCGAUAAGAUAACAUCCAACAUUCAAGAAGUAGAUAACAUAAAGAUUACCAUUACCGAGUUGAGAGAGGUUGCGCCAGACAACUCAAUAGUGAAUCGAUAUACCUUUGACAAGAUAAACUGGAUUCUCGCCACUCCGAGCAACGGAAGUUUCUACAGCUAUAAUGGUGUAGUCUCGGACAAUCUAUUUGCAAUUCAAGUCAACAUUACAGUAUUCAAUCAGGAUUCCACCUACAAUUUCAUGGGAGACAUUAUGGAGAUGAAAGAGAAUUCUUUGAAAUAUAAAAUAUCGAUUUCCAAUUGGAAUUUCAAAGACCGUUUGAAUAUUCUACUAAUGCUAUUCCUUUCACAAACGACUGCGAGUGAAUGUAGUGUAGCACCACAACAACAAUCGAAUGUCGACAACUCUGUUAGAAGAAUGCAAAUGUACACGGGAACCACUAUGAUGUCAGCAUACUUCUCCGACAGAAUGUUAUCAGAUGGACGACUGGUACGCGCCAAUGUCUAUAUGACCGAUCCCAACGAUAUCGCUUACAAAGAACUCAAAGAAACCUCACCGGACCUAGUAAACCAGCUCAUGUCGAUUAGUAUACAAAAUUUCGAGAACACCACUGUCAUCGACCCGAACUUUGGUGCUCUGCUUGCAAUCAAUGAGAACAACGACAACAGAUGUGGUUCGUCAGAAGAGCGUAAAUGGUUACUACCAGUAAUCGUCAUUGCAAGCGUAGUCGGUGCACUCGCUAUAGUAAUCACUGUAUUUUUAGUGUUAAAGAAGAAAUAUCAUGUACAAUACAAAAUAGUUACAAUUGGAAUUGUAAAUCCUGCAAACGGACAUUCAUAUACAUUUGCUACCAAUACCUACACCUUCGAUGAGGCAAUAGCUUUUUCUAAACAAUCACUCGGAGUACUUAAUGGUCAUAUCUUACAAUUAGAAGAUUCGGCCGAAUCUAAAUUUAUAUUAGAUAAUUUCAUUUCACAAAUAACCCCAGAUACAUAUUCAACUGUAUGGCUCAAUGCAAAAGCACUCGAUGGAUUGCAGAUGGAGUAUGGUUGGUUGAAUGGAACCACCAGAGGACAGCCUUUCUACCAAACUUUUCCAGAGCGUUGUCUGAAGUACUGUGGUGAUUUCGCCGGAAAUAUGAAUUUAUCAACUCCUUAUCUCGCUUUGGAUAUAGUUACAGUGCAGGGCGGAAGUUCAUAUGUACGUUGGAGACCUGCUUCUCCAACCGAUAAAUUCCAACUAAUCAUAGAGUUUGAGCCAGCAGACUAUCAUAUGAUCAGUCAGCAAGAACCUGGUUCACAGUCAUUCGUAAUAACUUUCCCAUUUUUGGAUACAGGAUCUAGAAUAAUAUAUAUCAAUGGUUAUACAUGUUAUAUCGACACCACCAACGGUAACUCUUACUAUUGUUCAAUUUCGCCCCAAUAUUCUAUAGGUGGAAUGUCUUUUCCCAUUGUAAUUAGUACGAACGGUGUGAAUGCAACCUAUUCAUAUUCCUACAACAAUCCUCAGGUUCAAGCAAUUAGAAUACCAGCACUUGGAGUAGGGAAUACCUAUUGUACAAUAAUUGGAAAUUCUUUCAAUUUCCUAAGUGGUUGUAUGCUCUCUAUAAACGGUGGACCACUAAUGACAAUACCAUCAUCUAAUGCUCAAUCCAUUUCAUUAGUUGUUGGAGUAGAUAUACUUCCAAUGUUAUUCUCUUGUCCAGACAUAAAUAUUGAAUAUUAUGUACGAAGACCAGCAGUUUUGGAGCCUUCAACCUCACUGCACUAUGCCUAUCUUCCUUUCCCAGUGACAUAUUCAGAUGCUCUUACAAUGAGUACAACAUACAAAUUGCUCAACGAGAAUGGUUAUAUUGCUCAGAUUAAUAAUACUCAAACCCUCAACUUUAUAAAUACAGUUUUCACCAAUAACAAUCCCAACUUUUCAAUUUGGUCUGCUGUUACCUAUGUAAAUAAUAUCUACUACUAUAAUCAACAACCAUUACAAACAGCGUUUGAACUAGUUGCAGGAUCAGGUGCUCAAUAUUCCUUUACUGGCAGCAACCAAAUGACAACACCCACAAGCCAAAAUAAACUACCACUUCUUGUAGUCUUUGGAGUACAGACUCCGACAUUCAAUGCUACCGCUACAGCCUCUGUGCCAAUUCAAGGUGGACCUACUACAAUCAAAAUGCUCUCCAACUAUGGAUGGAAAGAUACUCCAGUAACAAUCACAGCACAACCAAACAUUGUUUUGCAAUCAACUUUAAGUUAUUCAGGUGCAAGUAUAUCUUUCCAAGCUCCUAGUGGAUAUAAUAAGCUAUCUUUGGUAGUGUAUUUGGAGAAAAUAGGUUACAGAACUUCUUUUAAUUAUAAUAUAAUCUAUCAAACUCCGGUUAUCAAUAAUGUUGUUGUUAACACUACAGGAUUAACUAUUUCUAUUACUGGAACUGGAUUUGUAAGUCCUAUUAGAUGUGAUUCUUUCGACAUUUCUUUCACCAGCGUCAGUCCAAUCACAGUUACUGGAAUAUUUACAUCCUCUGCAUUACAACAUAUAUAUCCAAAUUUCUUUUUGACUACAGCCGCAGGAAAUUCCACUGUUUUCCCUCUUGAUCUUACAACAUUUUAUAUUACUUCAAUUUCACCUAAUGUUUUACCUAGAGAUGGUGGAGAAAUUACUGUAAAUGGUUACAGAUUUAGUAAAAAUAUAGACGCGAACUCAAAAGUAACAUUCCCAAAUGGUGUAGAAUGCUCUGGUAUUACACUAAGCCCAGAUACAACCUCAUUUACAUGUACUGUUGGUAUAUCACCUAACAAUGGAACCUACGAUAUACAAGUGAAAGGAAAGACCAUUGCAGGAAAUUCUAACACGGCAUCUGUUACAUUCACAGAUUUCGUAGUAUCAGAUUUGGAACAAAAUGGAAGAUCUGUGACAAUACUUGGAAGUUCAUUUAAAUUAUACUCUCAACUACCCGGAUUCACAAUCAAAGUUGGUAGUGGUAUUCCGUCAUCCAUUUCCUGCCCUCCAACUCUCCAAAUUUGUUCAUUCACAUUGAAUACUCUCGUAACAAAUGGACCAGUAUUUAUUGGAACACCAGCAUUCAAUGUAUCAAUCAACAGAGUUUGGAAUCCAAUUAUUUCAAUCACACCAUCUGAUAUUCUUGACCCAGAGGUAACAUCAACAAUCAAUGGAUUGUUAUUUGGUGAUCAGACUUUGGUUGCCAAACUUAAUGGUACCACAUAUCCAAUCACAAUCACUAGUUCAAGCUCUGGAACUUUCAAACCACCUAAGCUUACAGGAAAAGUAACAUUCCAACUUGUUGGUCAAGGAUUUUCCAAUGUCAUUCAAAUGAAAUUCCCAUCGCCAUCCAUUGUUAACCUAGUUCUCGAUCAAAGUUCACUGACUUGUCAAAUCUAUGGAAAUUAUUUUGGAUCAUCCAACGAUUUAAUUAAUAUUCAAGGAAUCACAGCACAACCAAUCAAAGCAACAUCAUCAAACUAUACAAACAUUUCAUUCAAAGUUCCACUGAGUGCCAGAACUGGACCACUCAAUGUUUCAGUCAAUGGAGAUGUUUCUUUAUCAAAAUUCUUUAUGAUUGAACCAUCACCAACAACAUAUACACCACUCAGAUUCCUUGGAGGUAAAUUGACAAUCACAGGUCAAUUUUUAGCACCAAUCAACUUUGCCAAUGAAAAUAUUCUCAAUAUUUCAGUUGGAGGUGUUCCAUCGCAAAUCUCAUUGAUGGACAACAAUUUCGAUCCAUACCGAUUGAUUGUUGAUUCACCACCAGGAUAUGGAACAUCGAAUUUCACAAUUCAACAAUACAAUGCUAAAAUAACCAGAGACUUAGUAUUUUCACCACCUUCAAUAACAUCAUGCUCAUCAACUGUUUAUUUAAAGCCAGAUACUGUGACGAUUGUUGGAGAUAAUUUCGGAAGUUUCAAUCUCAGUGUCACAAUUGGAAACCAGACUUGUGAAAAUCCAACGAUCAACCUAAUUGGAUCACAAAUUACAUGUAAAUUCAGCUCGAAUAUCAGUUCUACCGAAUUACUUUCAGUUAGAGUGAAUGUUGCCAAUCAAUUCGAUCAGAAAAAUGCAUUCAUGUAUUUGAUUCCAAGUGAUUGCAACAAAUGUAGUUCAAAUGGAAAAUGUAAUAUUGCAACUGGAGUGUGUGAAUGCAAUGAAGGAUGGAUUGGAAUGGAUUGCAGCAAGAUAGUAUCAAAAACAACAACUCCUGUUAAUCCACCAACAGUCGUUGACAAUACCACAAGUGUCGAACUUGGAACAACAAAGAAAGAUAUCACAUUCAACGUCAAUAUCACGGAGAUUCGUGAAAUAACAGAUCUUGGAGAUACUGUGAAACAAUAUUUCAUCAAAGACAUCAAAUGGUUCGAUGUUCAACAAACCAACAAUUCAUACACAUAUUCUGGAAGAUUCAAGAACGAUGACAAACUCCAAGUUGAUAUCAUCAUGCAAAUGUUUGUCAAUGACACUGAAUACAAUUUUGCAGGUGAUAUCUUCAGUAUUCCAGCGAAUUCCGUCAAAUAUCAAGUUCAUCUUUACAACUGGACAUUCAGUGAUAAACUUAAUUCACUUCAAGUAUUAUUCUUGACACAAGCACAACUCCAAGUUCAACAAGGAUGUCAAACACAACAAUCUGGAAUUGGUGACACAUCAUCCAACACAGAAUCAUCACUAAGAAUGAUGGAAAUCAACCAAGGAAAUGGAAUUCUUCAAGCAUAUUAUUCUGAUCGAAUGGUUGUCGAUGGAAGAAUCCGUAACAGUAAAGUUUCGAUGAUCAAUUCGACCGAUGACUCUGUCAAACAAAUUAACUCGCUGUAUCCGAAUAACCUAAACAUCUUGACAGCAAUCACAAUUGAACAUUUUGACAACGAUGCAAUUGUUGAUCCAAAUUUCGGAUCACUUUUGAUUCAAGACGAUGACAACCCCGAAGAAUGUGGUUCCAAUGAUGACAAGAAAUGGAGACUUCCAGUGAUCAUUGUUUGUUCUGUCGUUGGUGGACUUGCAUGUCUUAUCACUGUUGGUAUUCUUUUCAAAAAGAAAUUCAGAUAUCAAUUCAAGUUAGCAUCCAUCAAAUUGAAUUCAAUCGGUGGAAAAUCGAGGAAAUAG